CAGGAGUAAAUUAAGUAAUUGUUACUUCCCAGCUUAGUUUAUUUUUUUGGAAUGUGGUGGAGGGCACCCAUUAUGAUGAUGAUGCCCUGAAAAUUGAAUUAAAAAAAGGAAAAAUCAAAGGGGAUCUCUGGUGCUGGAGAAAGACCCAAGGACCAAAAGACAGAGAUAAACAUGAUGCUCAUCCGAGAGUGGAGAUAGGCUUCUGUGUGUGUGUUCCAUCAAACAUUUCAUUUACUAAAACUCUCUCUUUUAGGUCUUAGAGAGAAGAGAUGAAAGGUCUUUUCAAAUCGAAGCCGCGUACUCCCCCUGACAUCGUCCGACAGACUCGCGAUCUCCUCUUCUACGCCGAUCGAUCCGUCUCCAUCCCUGACCUUCGCGAGUCCAAACGCCAAGAAAAGCUGUCGGAACUAAGCAAGAACUUACGAGAUUUGAAGUUAAUUCUCUAUGGAAGCAGCGACGCUGAGCCUGUUGCUGAUGCUUGUGCUCAGCUGACUCAAGAGUUCUUUAAGGGUGAUACUCUUCGACGAUUGAUCACUUCACUUCAAUAUCUAAACUUGGAGGCGAGGAAAGAUGCGACACAAGUCGUUGCUAAUCUUCAGAGGCAACAAGUCAAUUCACGCCUUAUUGCCUCUGAUUAUCUCGAAUCCAACAUUGAUCUUUUGGAUUUUCUUGUCGACGGGUUUGAAAACACAGAUAUGGCGUUACACUAUGGUACUAUGUUUAGAGAGUGCAUCCGCCAUCAGAUUGUUGCCAAAUAUGUUUUGGACUCGCAGCACAUGAAGAAGUUUUUUUACUACAUACAGCUACCCAAUUUCGACAUUGCUGCUGAUGCUGCUGCCACUUUUAAGGAACUUCUGACAAGGCACAAGUCUACAGUGGCUGAGUUUCUCACCAAGAACGAAGACUGGUUUUUUGCAGACUACAAUUCAAAGCUUCUUGAAUCAAGUAAUUAUAUUACCAGACGGCAAGCUAUUAAGUUGUUAGGAGAUAUAUUACUGGAUCGGUCAAACUCAGCUGUGAUGACGAAAUAUGUGAGCUCAAUGGAUAACUUAAGAAUUCUCAUGAACCUUCUCAGAGAAUCAAGCAAGACUAUUCAAAUAGACGCUUUCCAUGUUUUCAAGCUGUUUGUAGCUAACCAAAGAAAGCCUUCAGACAUCAUGAACAUUCUGGUGGCAAACAAAAACAAGCUUCUAAGAUUGUUGGCUGAUAUCAAACCAGAUAAAGAGGAUGAGAGCUUUGAAACAGAUAAAGCUCAGGUGGUGAGAGAGAUCGUAAGUCUUGGUAAGCCGUGAGAUCUUUGCUUGAGCACUCCACAUGUACACAGAAGCUCAUGCCUCCUCCUGUUUAAUCUUUGAAAGACAUUUUUGGUGCAUCAAAGAUUGUUGUGUGUGUCUUGGCUAUCGACUGGUCUGGGGUUUUUAGUGUCUAUAAAACAAAAUGUCAUUAUUAUUAUCACUGCUCAGAAGGAAAAUAGAGGCAAAAGCCCCACAUU